GGGACAACACGACCAGUUGACUCAGCGACUUGCGUGAGCCCUUGUUAAUCAUUUUCGUUUCCGCGUUCCUCUGCUGACGCAUGGGUUGUAACACCCAGUCUAGUCUUUGUGUGGGGGCUGUCAGCCUCGCUUUCCACGCUUACUAUACCACGCAGCAUAGCUGAACAUAUUUCGUUGACUCCUUGACCCUGUCGCUCACAGGUACAUGUAUGAACAUUAACUGUUAACAGUAAUAUACCGUUUAGUGACGGCCUGGUGACAUGUACUUGUGAGGUCAUAGCUUUAGCAACUGUAAAAUGGCAUGGAGUUAUCCUAAAGAUGAUGUCAUUUGGUGAAUUUGGAUCAGAAAAACCAUUGUUCGGAUCGCAGCAAGGGGUUUACAUGUGUGGAAGUGUUUCGGUCUACGUGGACGCCCUUGGGUAGAGCUAGGUACGUCCACGUUGAAUGUGAGCCAAAUAAGCCCAGUUUCCAAACAUGCGCCCCGGAACGGGCUUCUGUUGAGUAUACACAUGUACAGUGUAGCAUGACGUGGUUACAUCCAGUAGCUGUGGAUUGUCCCACAUCGGUUGCCGCGUGUAUAACUCAACAAUCACGCCACUAAGGUGACGAGAAAGCACACAAAGGGGAACAACUCAACCAGGACUACAGGCCGUCUUGACAUUCACAGUGAUACAAACUGAAAUCCAUGGAACAUGCUGCAUUUGUUUUCCACCGCAAAAGGUCAUGCCACUGCAGAAGAUGUGCCGCCACAUCGGACAUAAUUAUAAUGCCAUCAACCAUGCCAUGAUGUCAAUUAGAAAACAAAUAACGCUUCUUUUUCAAAAUGAUUAAUUCAAACUCUUGUGUUGAAAUCCAAAAACUUGGCGACAUUUCCAGCAACCGCACACAUCAGUUAUAGUCUACACCUCAAAGAAACAAAAUGGCGAACAUGUCGCACAGCAACGUGACGUUACAGGAAGUGAACGAUGCCAUGGCAAUGCUGCUCCUUCCGGCCAUGGUGUACGUAGGUGUCAUGAUGAUAGUGGGGUUUGUUGGCAACGUUCUCGUCGUGUACGUCUUCCCCAUGAAACUGACCAUCAGUACCCAGAGUGUCCUCAUCACAAGUCUUGCAGUCUUUGACCUUCUCAGUUGCAUCAUCUCCAUGCCCACAGAGAUAGCGGACAUGAGAUUCUUUUUCAUGUUCGAGUCCGUGUUUGCCUGCAAAAUGUUGAGAUGUGUGAACACCUUCUGCGCAAUGUGUUCAAUCCUCACUCUCCUCGGAAUAGCUGUUGAUCGCUACCGGAAGGUGUGCUGUCCUCACAAGAAACAACUUGGCAUUAAACAGAUGAAGUUUGUGAUCAGCUUUUCAAUCCUCUUAUCCGCUGCAUUUUCGUGGCCAGCUAUUGUCUUAUACGGAAUUCGAUCAGCAGACACAGGUGUCGAGCAUUUGAUUGGUCAGGACUGUUCAACAAGUGAUGCCGUCAAACACACACUCUAUCCUCUGAUCUACAAUGGCGUCCUGGCUCUGUUAUUCAUUAUUAUUGCUGUCUUGUUGUGCAUCUUGUAUUUCUUAGUAUGGCGGACAGCUAAGAAACAUACAGAAACCACACGCUCAGUGUCAGUUGGUCAAAACACACCAUCCACUGGUACCUCUAUAGAAUUGUCGUCAGCUGAUAGCGAGGGAAGUGUACCCAACAAAACAGGACGGAGUCCCAGCCGAAGCAUGACGUCACGGAGAAGGACCAACAAGACUACCACUAUAGCCUUCAUGGUGACAAUUGUAUUCAUACUUAGUUUUGUGCCUUUCUUAUCCCUAGUUAUUGCGAUGUCAACCGUUAAAGACUUUGACUACAAACUGGAUGAUGUGAGCACUAUUUUCUUCAAUAUAUUCCUACGCUCUUAUUUCGUUAACUCAGCAGCGAACCCCGUCAUCUACGGCGUCAUGAACGUCAGAUUUCGUCGUGAGUGUUGCAAAGUACUGAAGAAUGUGUUUUGUUGUGGGCGGGUGUGAUAUACAGUGUACAACAAAAGGAUUUCUUCUUUAACAGUUACUGUCCCGGGACUUGUUGGUUGGUUGGUUGGUUUGUUGUUUAACGCCGCACUCAGCAAUAUUCCAGCUAUAUGACGGCGGUCUGUAAAUAAUCGAGUCUGGACCAGACA